UGAUUGAUUGACUGAUUGAUUAGAGAAAAUGCUGUAUUCUACGAUCGACAACGCCUUUGUGAAACCAUAUUCACCAUUCUUAUUCUGUCGUCUUUUACAUUAUUUUCUGUGUAUCUUGUGAUGGCCCAUGGUUUUGAGUAUUUUCAUACGGCUAACUUUACUAUGGUUUACCAAACUCCUUAUACUUGGUCUAAAGAGGGGGUUCAGGUUGAUUUGAUGUGCCAAACUGACAUGCCUUGGGAAUGGUGCAGGUGGAUUCAUAUGGACGAGUACUGUGAAUGGGAAUGGAUAUCUGAGUCGGAGGGGGUGAAGCUGACUGGUUGUAAUAUGGUAGAUGUUGAUCUGAUUGGAGAAUAUAAUCUUCAUCAAUGUGGAGUUAGGGUAAUGGUGGAUGCCGAGCAUGAAGGAGAAUGGUUGUGUGAAAUAGAAAAGUAUCAUCCUGGUUUCAGUAGAAGAUAUGGAGAAGUUCUCUACGGGCAUAUAACUUUAUCUGUGAUAGAAGAUUUAAUAUAUACAGAGACGACCCCUACACUUAGUACAACACUAGAACCUGCCACUAAUACAACAUCCCAUACAACAACCUCUCCUGCAAUGGAUAAAGCGCAACGAGAACUAGAAGAAUAUGAACGCCAAUUCUUUAUUUUGAAGAUUGUUGUGCGUUGUGGAGUUAUUCUAACACUGGGAGGUUUGGCAAUCAUCUUUGGUUUGAUGUUCCUAGCUAGCUGGCGCGCUUUUGAUCAUAAUACUGGCAAAUCUGCACACCCUCCAACCGACGAUUCGUCCGACGACAUUAAUCAGGGAUUUGGUGAGGAGGACCCAAUGCUCACUAAACGACUUCUUCAAACCAGACGGAAAUCAGUCGCAUUUUCUGUCUGCGUUCUUGACAGGGACAGUAUGACAUUUGAGAUGGAUCGGAAAAAGGUUCUGAUUAAUUCCACGGAUCGGAUACCAAACGCAUCCUUUUGUCCUCUUCCUACCCUUUCAGAGGACUGCGAGACUGAAAAGAUCCCUAUUCCGCUGUCCUUGAUAACAAGACAUAAAAUCAGACAUCCCUCGGUCAACAGAGCCAGGAGGAUGUCUCUUCCUCACGGACCUCUUACUGAGGGUUUGUUGGACUGUGUUGAUGGAACUAAAAUUGGACUUCAUUGUUCUAAUCCUCUUGCUUUUUCUAGAAACUCUAUAGAAACUAUUAUGUAAUCCCCCCUCGCUACUUCGAGAAACUCUAUAGAAACUAUUAUGUAAUCCCCCUUGCUACUUCAAGAAACUCUAUAGAAACUAUUAUGUAAUCCCCCCUCGCUUUUUCUAGAAACUCUAUAGAAACUAUUAUGUAAUCCCCCCUCGCUUUUUCUAGAAACUCUAUAGAAACUAUUAUGUAAUCCCCCUCGCUUUUUCUAGAAACUCUAUAGAAACUAUUAUGUAAACAUCUACUCGUAGAAUAAAUGUAGUAUUAUAUAUA